AUGUUCGCCCUUCUCGAGGCCCUGCUCGACUAUAACAACCACGUCACGCUGUUCCAGCGUAUGAUGUUCUUGAUGUCCUUUUGCCUUUCCGGAAUCGUUCUCGCUGUACAGGCCUCCCAAGCUGGCGAGGAGGAUCAUCGACGCAUUCAGUGGACGCGCUUGACGGACCAGAGCCGGUAA